ACCGAACUUAAGACAUUUACGAGUGUAAAUCUAGUUUUGUUUGUUGUUUGUUUAUAUAGUGGACACGUGGCCUUAAAUGGUACUUGCGACAACGAUUGUACUGACAUCAUUAUCUGCGACGUUCCGUUGCAAUUAAAUGAAAACGAGAGAAAUUUUGACUGUACAAGUCCGACUGGACUUCAAGGACUUUGCAUAAAUAUUGCAGAUUGCCCGCCAUUGGUGAGAUUAAUUAAAAUGGUGCCACUUUAUCAGAAGGAUGUCGCUUAUCUUCGUAUGUCACAGUGCGGUAAAAGUUCUGAUAAUAAGCCGAAAAUCAUGAUCCUCUCCAUAAUUACCUCUAAUAUGAAGUAUCCUCCGCGUUCUCGCUCCGAAAUCUCUGGGAGUCAAUUAAAUACAGCUUUUGCUGAAAAAAAGUGCCCACGUGCCUCU